UGGGCGCUUCUCUGUGUUGCUGAUGGUGAAAAGCUCACGCGGAUCGAGAGCUGGGGAGCAAAACCAAAACAGUGCUGAGAGUGAAGGCCACCGAGCCAGUUCGCCCACAAUGAUUUGGCUUCUGUGGCUCUCCGUGGCCAUGAGUGUGGUCGUCCACUGGAUUUACAAGGUAAACAAAGACUACUACAUCCUCGCUUUCUUCGCCAGGCGGGUUCGAACAAAGGACGGAAAACCGCUGGACAGCCUAGUUCCCAUGCCCAAGGGUCGAACUCUGUUCGCCAACUGCUUCGAUCUGUACGGAAAGGACUCUGACCAAGUAUUCACUCACUUGCGCCAGUUGGCGAGGAAAAGUGGAAACAGCUAUCUGCAGUACUCGAUGGGAUUCUCCAACUUCAACGUUAUAGAUGCACAUAAUGCGGCGCACAUACUGAACCACCCCAAUCUGAUAACGAAGGGCGUAAUAUACAACUUUCUACACCCUUUCCUGAGAACUGGCGUUUUAACAGCGACAGAAAAGAAAUGGCAUACGCGACGCAGUAUGCUCACCAGGACAUUUCACUUGGACAUACUGAACCAGUUCCAAGAAAUCUUCAUAGCGGAGAGCUUGAAAUUCGUUAAUCACUUCGAGGGACAAAAUGAAUGUGUGGUUUCCUUGAGGGACCACAUAGCCAGAUUUACCCUGAACAGCAUUUGUGAAACUGCCAUGGGAAUCAAACUGGAUGAAAUGGCAGAGAAGGGCGACCGCUACAGGGAGAACUUUCACAUAAUCGACGAGGGGUUUACCAGGCGCAUAGUAAACCCUCUCUAUUGGGACGAUUGCGUAUACAACAUCUUCGCAGGACACAAGUACAACGCAGCCCUAAGAGUGGUACACGAAUUUUCCAGCGAGAUAAUCGCGAAACGCCGAAUUCUACUGGAAGAGGAGCUGGAAAGUAGGAGAGCCACUCAAACGGCUGACGAUGACAUAUGCGUGGUUAGGAAGAAACACUUCGCCAUGCUAGACACCUUGAUUUGCGCCCAAAAGGAUGGCCUAAUCGACCAUAUUGGGAUUUGUGAGGAGGUGGACACUUUGAUGGCUGAAGGGUACGACACCACCUCCAUUGGCCUGGUCUUCGGCCUGAUGAAUAUGUCCCUCUAUGCCGAUGCACAGGAACUUUGCUACCAGGAGAUCCAGGAGCAUAUUCGCGACGACUUGAGCAACCUGAACCUCAGUCAACUAAGUAAACUGAACCAAUUGAGCUACUUCAUAAAGGAAACCAUGCGCUUGUAUCCAUCGAUUCCCAUUAUGGGUCGUCAGACACUCGAGGAAACGGAGCUAGAGAAUGGGCUAAUUCUGCCGAAGCGCUCUCAGAUUAAUAUACACGUCUUCGACAUCCAUCGCAAUCCCAAGUACUGGGAAUCGCCCGAGGAAUUCCGCCCAGAGCGAUUCCUACCCGAGAACAGCCGGAAAAGGCAUCCUUACGCCUACAUUCCAUUCAGUGCUGGACAAAGGAACUGCAUAGGCCAGAAGUACGCCAUGCAGGAGAUGAAGACCCUGAUGGUGGUCAUCCUCAAGCAAUUCAAGAUCCUGCCUGUUAUCGAUCCCAAGUCCAUUGUCUUUCAAGUGGGCAUAACCUUGCGCUUUAAAAAUAAAAUAAAGGUCAAGCUGGUGAGGCGGAAUUGCGCUCAGUCAUUAUCGAUUUAAGGAUAUUCACUAUGCUAAGUAUCAAGUAGAUUUAAGUACUUCGCUGAUAUUAAAUGGCUAAUUGGCCCUGACUUUUCAAUGCCAACCCUCGCAGCAAGAAGAAUAAUAAGCCAAAGUUAACAAUGAAUAAAUCAGAAAAUAUGUCAAUGAUAAUAGUGCAGUGCACUCUUUUAGUUAACCGGUUUUUCUACAGUCAAAUGUAACAUUGCUAAGCUUUCAUUAAAACAAACUCACCGAA